AUGACUCUAACAAGUGCUAAGGGCAUCGAGCUUAUGUUCCGCACUGUAAGAUUAUUCAGCACAAAAAGGAUGGCUGCGGCACCGGCCAAGCCGCUGAUUGCUAUCGUGGGCGCGACGGGGACUGGGAAGUCAGAGUUGGCUGUUGAAAUAGCAAAGAAGUACAAUGGCGAAAUCAUCAAUGGCGAUGCGAUGCAGUUAUAUCAGGGCUUGCCUAUCAUCACAAACAAGAUAACGACAGAUGAAAGAAAAGGGUUACCCCAUCACCUCCUUGGCUGCAUUGGCCUGGAAGAAGAGUCUUGGACCGUGAGCAAGUUUGUCAAGGAAGCUGUGCAGACAAUUGAGGAUAUUCAUGGCCGUGGCAAGCUUCCUAUUCUCGUUGGCGGGACGCAUUACUACACCCAAUCCCUCCUCUUCAAGGAUGCAAUUUUAGAAAAGCAAGAAACCGAAUACAUCGAUUCUUCAAAUCACUCUUUCGCAAUCCUUGAUGAGCCUACUGAAGUCAUUCUGGAAAAGCUGAAGGAAGUGGACCCUGUGAUGGCAGAUCGAUGGCAUCCUAACGAAAGACGUAAAAUCCAGCGAUCUCUCGAAAUUUAUCUGAAAUCUGGAAAACCGGCCUCUCAAAUGUAUGACGAAAGGCGGCUCAAGCGGGAGCUGUCCCCAAACUCGGGAGAGGCUCAAGAACACACUACGGGAUUCCGCUUUCCUACACUUGUACUGUGGGUACACGCUGACAGAGGCGCGUUGAACGCCCGGUUAGAAUCUCGUGUUGACAAGAUGAUUGAAAGAGGAUUGUUGGAUGAAGUCAAAACACUUUCCGAAUUCAAAGUGUUGCACGAGAGCAGAGCUAAAGCAACUAUCGAUCAAAGUCGCGGCAUUUGGGUGUCGAUUGGAUAUAAAGAAUUUUUAGACUACCAGGCUGCCUUGAACGAUCCUUCUAUCACAGCAAAGGAACGUGAGGGCUUAAAGUCUAUAGCUAUUGAAAGAACUCAAGCUGCAACACGACAAUACGCCAAACGUCAAAUUCGAUGGAUCCAGAUCAAGCUACUUAAUGCUUUAAUAGGUGUCGACCAGCAGAAAAACACUUUCUUGAUGGACGGAAGCGACGUUGCCAAAUGGGAUGAAACAGUAGCGCAACCAGCACUGGGCAUUACAGAAGAUUUCUUAACUGGAAAGCCUUUACCAAACCCAGCGGAACUAUCACAGGCUGCCCGCGAAAUGCUGACGCCUAGACGGAACUACGACCUCUCGCAACGGCCGGAUCUGUGGCAAAAAAGAACAUGCGAAGCUUGUGGGACCGUUCUGGUCAACGAGAAUGACUGGAACUUGCACAUCAAGAGUCGUACACAUCGGCGAGCCACAAGUGCGAAGAAAAAGCUGGAGAGUGGUUCUACGGACGCGAAGAGGAAGGAAAAAUCUGAACAGGAGGAUAUGAUUGAUGUUCUCACAAGCUCAUUUGAUCCUUUUGACGAACCCGUGGUCGGCGAAAAGGCGGAAGAAAUUUCGAAAGAACAGCCCCAUUCUCCUGGAUCAAAGCACUACGAAGAUCACUGA